GCUAAAGGGCAGCACCACUGUAUUGUCACCGCAAUCUCAAGAGAUUAAACACUUCCGAAGGAUAUCAUGGCUUGAGCUGCUGCCUAGAACUGCCGGUGGUCCAUUAGAGCUAAGGGGGCAAAUGCACAGUCGGAGACAGGUCUUCUCCAGCGUCAUGCGUUUGUUCCUGCGGUGGUUCCGGCUGUGCCCGAGGCGGGGCCGCGUCCGGCUGCCCAGGAGGCUGCGGGAGCUGUGGGGCUACAGCAGGCUGCUGCUCAAAUCCCUCUACUUCAACACCCUCACCAACUCCGAUGUGGUCAUGGACUGCCUCUUCGAGCCUGUCUUCUGGAUGGUCGACCAUCUCACGCGCUGGUUUGGAGUGGUGUUUGUCUGCCUGGUGGUGGUGCUCACCAGCUCCAUCCUGUUCAUCGCCUACUUCUGCCUCCUUCCCAUGGUCCUCCACACCUACUCCACGGCAUGGAUUGUGUGGCAUGUCUGCUAUGGCCACUGGAACCUGGUGAUGAUCGUCUUCCACUAUUACAAAGCCACCAAAACCUCUCCUGGUCAUCCUCCACAGAUGAAAACUGAUGUGCCAGCAGUGUCCAUCUGCAAGAAAUGUAUCAUUCCCAAACCAGCCAGAACCCACCACUGUGGUAUCUGCAACACUUGCAUACUGAAAAUGGACCACCACUGCCCCUGGCUGAACAACUGUGUAGGCCACUUUAACCACCGCUACUUCUUCUCCUUUUGCCUCUACAUGACCCUGGGCUGCGUGUACUGCAGCAUCAGCGGCCGCAACAUGUUCAUCGACGCAUACAACGCCAUAGAGCACUUCAAGAGCUUGGACGUGGAGAAGCAGGGGGUGCCUGUGACGGGGGUGGGUUUGCUCAUAGGCAUCCUGCCCCCGGGAUCCAUGACUGGGCAGAGUUACUAUCAGACAUCACCGCCUCCCUUCACCUUCAGGGACAAAAUGUUCCAUAAGAGUAUUAUUUACAUGUGGGUGCUUACAAGCACGGUGGCGCUAGCAUUGGGUGGCCUAACCUUGUGGCACGCGGUGCUCAUAUCCCGGGGUGAGACCAGCAUUGAGAGACAUAUCAAUGGCAAAGAGACUCGGCGCAUGCAGAAAAAGGGCAAGGUUUUCCGAAAUCCGUUUAAUUAUGGGCGACUGAACAACUGGAAGGUGUUCUUUGGUGUCGAAAAAAGGAGUCACUGGCUGACUCGAGUUCUCCUGCCUUCUGGCCACGCCCCCUACGGGGAUGGGUUAACCUGGGACUUCUAUCCGCACAAAAAAGAUAUGAUGGCUAUCUAACGGCCCAUGGAGGGGCCGCUGCUCCCCAGAGCACCUUCCCAGCCCCCCUGAGGCCAUGCAACGCAGGGGGCGGGCCAGCAUCAGCCAACCUGGGUUUGUGGAGCCCAAGCGGCACCCUCUGCAAAGGCAGAAGUUUACCUAAAGAGACGACUGACCUCAUGAAAAGCUACUGAAAACGUCUGAGCUCCCCCUGUUUCCUCCUUCCUGUGUCAUGCUGUUCUGUUGGGCAUGUCUUGGGUGUGUCCACUCUACCUUGAUGUGAGAGGUGUCUUUGUGCACUCUUUGUUUUCCUAGUGCUGAAUCACAAUGGCUCGUGACAGGACUUGGUUACCGCUAUUAACUGUAUCUGGCAACGGGAAGGUGUUCUGCAUCACGGGUGGGAGGGGUCCCCUGUGACAGCUUGAAGGAGGGGCAAAAGCUGAUUGGUGCCAUGACUUGAGGCCCCGCCUUCAGAAGCAAUAAAGGAGUCGACGAAAAUUGCCGGCAGCUACA